ACCACCACAUCUAGAAUGCCUAAAAGGAGAAGAGAAAUCGACGAUUCGGAUGAUUCAGUAGAAUACGACGAAGGCGACAGAAGCAUGCCGAAUAGAUCCGAAACUGGCACCCCUUCUCAUGAGCUCCAACAUAUAGUCAAUAAGGUGAUUCGAUUGGUCUUAACACGAGAAUCCAAGGGACAGUUAAUCAGACGUGAACAUAUAAAUCAAAUUAUCAAUGACCGUAAAAAUCGUCUGUACGACGUAGUUUUGAAAGAAGUUACAGUUGCAUUGGAAGAAGCGUAUGGAUUGACGCUAGUGGAGACUCCUAUAAUCAAGAAGAAGGGGGAUACAAGCAAAGCUAAAAAGGUUCUUAAACCUAAACAGCCGUAUGCUGUUGUGAAUUGUUUAACUCCUGAAGCUAGAAAUUUGUUGGGAGAUAUUUGGGAGAAGAGCUUGGGUACAUUCACAAAGAAUGAUGAUCUUGGGCAAAGCAAGUUUUAUGUUCCGCGAUAUUCUAAAUCAAAAUUGCCAACUUCGAAUUAUGAAUUGGUAAAAAACGGAAUAUUGUUGGUUAUAGUGUCCUUGAUUAUUCUUUCAGAAAACCAUAUAUCUGAACUGGAGUUGUUUAGGAAUCUUCGAAAAUUUGGUAUCUCAACCAAUUUGAAUGUCAAGAAUAGUAGUUUAAACAUGAAUAUUCAGGAAUUGCUUAACGACUUGAUUCGACGAGAAUAUUUGAAUAAGAAUAUCACAAAGGGCAGAAUUGAAUCUGAAAAUGUGGUUGAAUACACCUUAGGUAGAAGAUCAUUAAUUGAAUUCCCGCCACAAUCGUGUUUUGAGUAUAUCAAAAAGAUCUUUGGUGAAAAUUUUGAUACUGGAAUGGCUGAGAGGACAUUGGUUACUAUUGAACGGGCUUACGGUGUAGCUCUAGUUAAUGAAAGUGAAGCUGUGACUCCUGAUGUAUCACGAGGCCAAACUCCAGCAGAACAAGUGUAAUUAUAAUAGUAGCUUAGUAGAUAUAGAGAAUCAAAACAUGCGCAUAAA